CCGUUAUUAAUAUCUUGCAGUCUGCAACACACAUGGUCCUGCGUUCGCGUGGUUUCACGCGCGUUGAGUGUUGAGUGUUCUUUCCGACCCAGCGUAGGCCAAAUAAAAAUUAUAUAAUUUUUAAAAAAUGUCGCAGCUCUUCAUUUUAUUUGAACAUGCCGCUGGAUACGCGGUAUUCAAAGUCAAAGAGUUCGAGGAGAUUGGAAUGCAGUUACCUCAGGUGGAAGAAUCCGUGAAAGAUCUGUCGCGUUUCCGCAAGAUUGUCACCUACCAUGGGUUUUCACCCUUCAAGACGGCGUUGUCCGCUCUGGAAAAUAUCAACAGUGUCUCCGAAGGAAUCGUUACAGAGGACCUAAAGCUCUUCCUAGAUUCCUCCUUCGGUGGGUUUGCCAAAGAGGAUUUUGUUCUCGGCGUUGCGGAUCCCAAACUCGGUGCCAAUAUCACCGAAACUCUGGGCAUAAGGUGCGAUUAUGUCAAUGCCGUUCCUGAAGUCAUGAGAGGAAUAAGAUUGCAUUUUCAUAAUCUGGUGAAAGGCUUCACCGCUCAGACCUCGGUGAUUGCGCAACUAGGUCUUGGACACAGUUACUCGAGAGCAAAAGUUAAAUUCAACGUGAACCGAGUGGACAACAUGAUCAUCCAGAGUAUAGCUUUGCUAGAUCAAUUGGACAAGGAUAUUAACACGUUCAGUAUGCGUAUGCGAGAAUGGUACAGUUAUCACUACCCAGAACUUUCAAAGAUAGUUCCGGAGAAUUAUACGUACGCGAGAGUGGCGCAAGUAAUAAAAAACCGGAAAGAACUGACGGAUGAGAAGGUGGCGGAGUUAGAAGAAAUCGUUAUGGACAGUGCAAGAGCUCAUGCUAUCGUCAACGCGGCCAAGUCGUCCAUGGGGAUGGACAUAAGUCCAGUUGAUUUAAUGAACGUUGAGAUCUUUGCUGGACGUGUUGUCGCAUUGGUGGGGUACAGGAAAAAGAUGGCCGAAUAUUUAACGUCGAAAAUGGCAGGAAUAGCACCGAAUUUAGCUACUUUAAUCGGAGAUCAAGUCGGCGCUAGAUUAAUAGCACACGCGGGAUCGCUUACUAACUUAGCGAAGGCACCGGCGUCCACCGUUCAAAUAUUGGGAGCGGAGAAGGCCCUGUUCAGAGCGUUGAAAAGUCGUGGAAGGUCGAAUACUCCGAAAUACGGGCUCUUGUUCCACUCUACGUUUAUCGGUCGCGCCGGCACUGCAAAUAAGGGUAGAAUUGCGAGGUACCUGGCGAAUAAAUGUUCCAUUGCUUCCAGAAUUGAUUGUUUCACGGAAAUACCGACGAAGAUAUUUGGUGAAAAAUUACGGCAGCAAGUAGAGGACAGAUUAGAGUUCUACACAACUGGCAAGGAACCGAAGAAAAAUUUGGAAGUAAUGAAAGAGGCACUGAUAGAAACGGAGAUCAUGUUAGCUGCUCUGGAGAAGAAAAAGAAGGAUAAAAAGAGAAAACGUCAGUCGCUCGAAAACGGGCAAGAAAAUGGACACGUUGAAAAUGGCGAAGUAGAUACCUCGUUGCAGAAGAAGAAGAAAAAGAAAAAAUCGAAGGUUGAUAAUGAAUAAAAAAAUUCGCCUUCUAUACAUAUACAUUAAGAUAAGGAUGGAAUAUACUUCUUUAUAUGUAAGCUUAUAUUCGGAAAUAUUCCUACAAAUUUUUACUUAACAGUUAGGAAUCUUUUUCUUCUUUGUAUUAACAUAAAGUUAUGUUUACGUCCAUUAUUUAGCGUUGACACAUUCUGUAUCCCUCUAGGAAUUUAUACAUUACAAGUGCAGACAUUUACAGUGUCUUUCUACAUUGAUACAAGAUACGAAAAUACAAACAAAAAUAUCAAUGGAAUUUUAUUUGAUAUGACAUUGUUUUUUUGUAUUGGGGAAAUACAUGUAUUUUUUAUGUAUUGAAGGAAAUCUUAAACAUAAAACUAGGAUUGUGUACAUCGAACUUAAUCACUGGACUCAUGAAUGAUUGACGACCAAUUGUGUAAUUUAUAUUCUAAGAAAAUAAAAUGGACAAAAUUUACACA